UCAUAUUUUCCCCUUUACACAAACACUAUGUGGUUCACAAACGAUUCUCCAGAGUCUCAGGCACACUCACAGGUGACUGGCGGACACACCGCCAAGCUGUCCCACGAGCUCCUUGCCGCUGCCGCGUCAUACGAGGCUGCCAAAGCGUACGAGAAGCAUGUCCAGAAGAACGGAAAACCCGCAAAUCAUGCGAAGGCCGUGGAGCUGCUUGCGGCGCUGACCGGUGGCUUCGUUGACCGCAUUGUAGAGACCAAGGGAAUGGACGCAAUUGACAAAGAAAAGGCCAAGCAUGCAGCAAAUGAACGAGCCAAAAGCUCCCUCGAGAAACACGGAGGAUUUUAAAUCAACCGUGUAAGAGAUGCAGAGGCCUAGAUUGGGCCUUAGGUCCUAGAUACGUUCAAGUUGAGAUAUCUACGCGACAUCGUGCAAAUCAUGUACUCUUAUGUUCCGUUAUUAGUGACCAAUGCUUGUAUUUACACCGUAAAGAAUUGUAGACUUCGAGUGUGAUAGAUUUUCUUGACAGGCGGUUCAAUCAUACGAGACAAUUUAUCUGGUG